CUUGGAAUUGUGGGAAUGCAAUGGCGGCCCUCUCAUCCGUAAACAUUUGCGUUGUGUUUGCGAGAGCCGCUGUCUAAUAAUUGUUCUAGGGCGCCACAGGUUCUCAUUUUCUGCCUUUCUUUCUACUGCAUGAACUGACCCUAAAGCAUGAAUUUUAUGUGAGAACUGCGCAUUUAGCUUCAAAGAAACUCGCGGUAUUUUCCCGCAGUUUAUCGCCUUUAUCGUGACAGAAGCGGCUCACAGGCUAGCUAACGCUAGCUGCUCCGACUGAGACAAUGGAUGAUGAUGUGUCCAUGCACAGACUAGAGGGUUCAGAUCCAACUGCUCAAGUUGGUGGACUGAUACUAAAGAAGAAGAGUGCUGCUUCAGAGCCCCAUGUUUUUCGAGCACCCACACCACGCACGUCUUUGCUGGGUUUAGAUCUGCUAGCUGCCCAGAAGAGGAAAGAGCGGGAGACUAAGGAAUCAGAUAAUUCUUCUGGUGAUGACAGAAAUAAAAAGAAGUCAAAGGUUUCCUCCUACAAAGACUGGGAGGAAAAUAAGAGUGACUCUGGAUCUGAUGAAGAAGAAGAAGAUGACACGAGUAGAGAUGCUAAGAAGGAGAGCAGGAAGUAUCGUGUGACUGGCUCUGAGACGCCAUCCAACCCUGGAGGGGUCAGUGAAGAGUUCAGACGCAGACACCAGCAGAGAGAGAAAGACAGACGUGAGCAUGGAGUCUACGCCUCCUCCAAAGAGGACAGGAGCAGAGAAAAGGACAGAGAAAGGAGUAGAGAUAAAGGCAGAGAGCGAGUGAAAAGAGAUGAACGAGAAAGCAGCCAUAGCCGUGGCAACAGCAGCAGCCGGUCAGAGCGCGGGGAGCGCAGUGACAGGAGUGAACGGAUCAGCCGUGGGAGCAAGAGAGACGAACCCGCGACACCACAGCAACAUCCCAGAGAUUCUUUCACACCUUCACACUCUAACUGGGAUGAGGAUGACAGUGGUUACGCAAGUUCAAGGCGUUCCCAGUGGGAGUCUCCAUCCCCUACCCCGUCUCACAGAGAGUCCGAACGCUCAGAAAGAAGCCAACGUUCUGGCCGGGAGAGUGAGAGGAGGGACAGGUCAGUCAGAGGUCGUUACCCUGACGACACACCGCUGCCUACCCCAUCCUACAAGUACAAUGAAUGGGCCAAUGACCGAAAGCAUUUGGGUUCAACACCUCGUUUAUCACAAGGGAAAGGUAGGAAAGAAGGUGGUGAAGGAGGAAUUAUGUUUGACAAUGAGGAUGAGAAAGAAGAGUGGGAAGAGGACCAGAAGCAAGCUGACAGAGACUGGUACAUGAUGGAUGAAGGCUAUGAUGAAUUUCACAAUCCUUUCACAUCCACCUCUGAGGAAUAUGUGAAGAAGAGAGAGCAGAUCCUUCAGAAGCAGACUCAAAAACGAAUAUCUGCCCAGAAGCGACAGAUCAAUGAGGACAAUGAGCGGUGGGAAACCAAUCGUAUGCUGACCAGUGGUGUGGUGCAAAGGUUGGAAGUGGAUGAAGACUUUGAGGAGGACAAUGCUGCUAAAGUUCACCUGAUCAUUCACAACCUGGUCCCGCCCUUCUUGGAUGGGCGCAUAGUCUUCACUAAACAGCCAGAGCCUGUCAUCCCUGUGAAAGAUGCUACCUCUGACAUGGCCAUCAUCUCUCGAAAGGGCAGCCAGCUUGUCCGUAAACACCGUGAGCAGAAAGAACGUAAAAAGGCACAGCACAAACACUGGGAAUUGGCAGGCACCAAGUUGGGGGAUAUCAUGGGUAUCAAGAAAACUGAGGAUGAAGAUGGGUCAGCGGGCAAAGUAGGCGAGGAUGGCAAAGUAGACUACAGAGCAGAGCAGAAAUUUGCAGAUCACAUGAAAGAGAAGAAUGAGGCCAGCAGUGAGUUUGCUAAAAAAAAGAGCCUUCUGGAGCAGAGACAGUACCUGCCCAUAUUUGCUGUCAGACAGCAACUUCUUAACAUCAUAAGGGACAACAGCAUUGUGAUUGUUGUUGGGGAGACGGGCAGUGGGAAAACCACCCAGCUCACCCAGUAUCUGCAUGAAGACGGUUACACCAGAUAUGGCAUGGUGGGUUGUACCCAGCCCCGAAGAGUAGCAGCCAUGAGUGUGGCCAAGAGAGUCAGCGAGGAGGUCGGCACCAACCUUGGAGAGGAGGUGGGUUACGCAAUCCGCUUUGAAGACUGUACAUCUGAAAAAACCCUGAUAAAGUACAUGACAGAUGGAAUCCUGCUCAGAGAGUCGCUGAGGGAGUCAGACCUGGAUCACUACAGCGCUGUUAUAAUGGACGAGGCUCAUGAACGUUCCCUGAAUACAGAUGUGCUGUUUGGCCUUCUGCGCGAGGUUGUAUCCCGACGCACUGAUUUGAAACUCAUCGUCACCUCUGCAACUAUGGACUCGGACAAAUUCGCAACAUUUUUUGGCAACGUGCCCAUAUUCCAUAUUCCAGGAAGAACGUUUCCCGUAGACAUCUUGUUUAGCAAGACUCCCCAGGAGGACUACGUAGAAGCAGCAGUGAAGCAGGCCCUGCAGAUCCACCUCAGCGGGAUGGUUGGAGACAUCCUCAUCUUUAUGCCUGGGCAGGAGGAUAUUGAGGUGACAUCAGAUCAGAUCGUGGAGCGUCUGGAGGACUUGGAGAACGCUCCUCCCCUGGCAGUGCUGCCCAUUUACUCCCAGCUUCCAUCUGACCUCCAGGCCAAGAUCUUCCAGAAGGCUCCAGAUGGUGUGAGGAAAUGCAUUGUUGCUACAAACAUCGCAGAGACUUCCCUCACUGUGGAUGGAAUCAUGUUUGUAGUCGAUUCAGGAUACUGCAAACUUAAGGUUUUCAAUCCUCGCAUUGGCAUGGAUGCUCUGCAGGUUUAUCCCAUCAGUCAGGCUAAUGCGAACCAGCGUGCUGGCCGAGCAGGACGUACAGGACCAGGACAGUGUUUCAGGCUGUACACUCAGAGCGCCUUUAAGAAUGAGAUGCUGACCACCACCAUACCAGAGAUCCAGAGGACCAACCUGGCCAAUGUAGUUCUCCUGCUGAAGUCUUUGGGUGUCCAGGACUUGCUCCUCUUCCACUUCAUGGAUCCACCACCUGAGGACAACAUGCUCAACUCCAUGUACCAGCUCUGGAUCCUCGGAGCUCUGGACAACACAGGUGCUUUGACACCGACCGGGCGUCUGAUGGUGGAGUUUCCCCUCGACCCCGCCCUCUCCAAGAUGCUGAUAGUGUCCUGUGACAUGGGCUGCAGUGCUGACAUCCUCAUCAUUGUCUCCAUGCUGUCUGUGCCAGCCAUCUUCUACAGGCCUAAGGGUCGUGAGGAGGAGAGCGACCAGGUGAGGGAGAAGUUCUCCGUCCCGGAGAGCGACCAUCUCACCUACCUUAAUGUCUACAUGCAGUGGAAGAACAACAAUUACUCCAGCAUCUGGUGCAAUGACCAUUUCAUCCACACCAAGGCCAUGCGCAAGGUGCGCGAGGUGCGCUCACAGUUAAAGGACAUCAUGGUGCAGCAGAGGAUGAACCUGGUUUCCUGCGGCUCAGACUGGGACGUCAUCAGAAAGUGCAUCUGCGCCGCUUACUUCCACCAGGCUGCAAAGCUCAAGGGCAUCGGUGAAUAUGUGAACGUGAGGACAGGCAUGCCGUGUCACCUCCAUCCCACCAGCUCCCUGUUUGGAAUGGGCUACACCCCCGACUACAUCAUCUACCACGAGCUCGUCAUGACCACGAAGGAGUACAUGCAGUGCGUGACGGCAGUGGAUGGAGAGUGGCUGGCAGAACUCGGGCCCAUGUUUUAUAGCGUCAAACAAGCUGGAAAAAGCAGACAGGAGAACCGUCGUCGGGCUAAGGAGGAGAUCACCAACAUGGAGGAGGAGAUGGCCCUGGCCGAGGAGCAGCUGCGGGCGCGUCGUGAAGAGCAGGAGAAGAAGAGCAGCGCUGGCAGCGUGAAGCCAGUGAAAAUCUGCACACCAGGAAGAAGAGAAGAGGCUCCCAUGACACCCAGACGCACCCCUGCCCGCUUUGGACUGUAACUCCUGGAAGAAAAGAAACGCCAAGGAGUCGCUGUGGUCCAGUCUCAGAAAACCACCUUCACUUCCUGUUGUUCCCUCCCAGCAUGGCCACAACCAGCUGCAGUUCCUCUACUGACCACUAGAGUGAGAACUUGUAUAAGGCACAAAACCCAGAGACCCACCAGCUUGAUCAGAAUCCCUCCUCCACCUUCAUCAGCCACUAGCUGUUUCCAUGAUAUGUUUCAAGGAAUAAUAAUAAUAAUAAUAAAAAAAAAUUGUUUGUUUUUUUUUGUACAUUCAGUAUUUAUAUGUGAUGCUUAUUGGAGGCUUUUACAGUCAGAGGUCUCUGUAAGGACCUGAGCUACAACUAAAACUAACUUUUCUAUAUUCCUGACCAUGUUGUCAGAGGGCACCUGAUAAACGGUGGUGUCAUUUCAGUGUUACUUGUCUUUGUCCUUGCGUUUACUAGUUGCUGUAGUGUCACUCCAACAACAUGUGCCACCUUCAAGUGCUCCACUAGACACUGAAGCACUAUUCAAACUGUACUUGUGGCAGGAGUGUGUACGGACUCUAGAGUUGCAUCGUAGUACGCCCUAACACACACAACACACUCAUGCAGGCUUAGCCAAUUGACCCUUUUCUACUUUGUGUUGACCUUGUUCCAACAGGAUAACGCACCACAGCGUUGCUUCAUAACUUCACCACGCUGGAUUAAACAUGUGAACUGUGUUAUUGUCAUGG